GGCGUGCCUUCGCCUCCUCUUGCGCUCUCAUGUUAAUGGCGGGUGGCGUCUGCUGAGGGGGACGCAAAUAACCGCUACCGGCACAGGGAAAGUCUCCCUGCCUGCCCCACUUCCUCUCUCCGCAAGUACUCGAGCUCGCCAGCAUGUCCGUGGUGCCGCCCAAUCGCUCACAAACCGGCUGGCCCCGGGGGGUCAACCAGUUCGGCAACAAGUACAUCCAGCAGACCAAGCCCCUCACCCUGGAGCGCACCAUCAACCUGUACCCUCUUACCAAUUAUACUUUUGGUACAAAAGAGCCCCUCUAUGAGAAGGACAGCUCUGUUGCAGCCAGAUUUCAGCGCAUGAGGGAGGAGUUUGAUAAAAUUGGAAUGAGAAGGACUGUAGAAGGGGUUCUGAUUGUACAUGAGCACCGGCUACCACAUGUGUUACUGCUACAGCUGGGAACAACUUUCUUCAAAUUACCAGGUGGUGAACUUAACCCAGGAGAAGAUGAAGUUGAAGGACUAAAACGCUUAAUGACAGAGAUACUGGGUCGUCAGGAUGGAGUCCUGCAAGACUGGGUCAUUGAUGACUGCAUUGGUAACUGGUGGAGACCAAAUUUUGAACCUCCUCAGUACCCAUAUAUUCCUGCACAUAUUACAAAACCUAAGGAACAUAAGAAGUUGUUUUUGGUUCAACUUCAAGAGAAAGCCUUGUUUGCAGUCCCUAAAAAUUACAAGCUUGUAGCUGCACCGUUGUUUGAAUUAUAUGAUAAUGCACCAGGAUAUGGACCCAUCAUUUCUAGUCUCCCUCAGCUUCUGAGCAGGUUCAAUUUUAUAUACAACUGAAUUCCUGCACAGUGGAGAAGUAAAAGAAGCCGUCUCUGUGAGCACAGCUAUACACAGUGUAGAAUAAACAUGGUAGAAAAGUUUUUUUCGUUUUUAUCUCUUUCCCAGUCCCUAAAUUGCUACCUACUUUCUGUUGUUUGAAUAGUAAAGUUAAUAUGAAGAACUCGAUAGUGGUGUAAACAAAUGUGAUAAUGUUUAAUUUACUUUUGGUUCUACUCAUACUUUUUUGUACAACAUUAAAGAAUAUGAACUUCUUUCUAUUUGUAUUUUUUCUUUAAUUUUCACAUUAAACUUGUAAAAUUCUUACAGGUGAGAACUGUUUUUUUCCCCCUGCUCCUAGGCUGAUGAUGUUAAAAGACAAUGGCAGGUUUAGGUCAGUUGAGUAUAUGGGACCCUUGUUUGGAUGCCAUUUUGGGGGAUAUACUCCAAGACUGUGUUCUAGAUUUUUGUGAUGAGGAACUUCUGUUUCUUUUGGGAACUAGAUUUGCUUGGUGGAGUCCCAAGGUGCAACUCCUGAACCAAAUAAUACACUUUGAGUUGUUCUACAGCAGAGCUCCCAGUAUAUUACUAACUGGUACAUUUCAUACUGAUUUUUUCAGACCUUUGUUCACAAGCAACAGACCUUAAACAUAUGGGAAGCCAUUAAAAUUGGCUAGAUUAGGGAAACUCAUGGGAAUUGGUAUAAAAAGAGACCUUUUUGAGAGCUGACUGAGACUUUUUUCCUUCAUAUAAUAGGGGUGUUAAUUAUUUGUGUUGCUGUGAAAUUAUGUGGUUUAGUUAUUCUUAGGGCCAUGGUAAAAUGGUGAUCUGUGAAGGAAGUUUUUAAAAGUGGGUCUGUUAGGUUUUGAACACUUGGAUUACCAAGUUAGUUAUUUCAGUUUAUAUCCAUAGAAAUGAAAAUUUGGUUUUAGCAAGUGACAAGCCUUUUCAAAAAUAUUUUGGGAUAAUUUGAAUCAACUGAAAUCUAAAGACAGGAUAGGGGAUAGAUUUUGUCAGCCUGUGGGAAAAAUGCCAAAUUUUAAAGUUCUUUAAAAUAACACUGCUAAAUUAGGAUCAGGUUUUGGGGGAAAUAAAAAAUUAUUCUUAGGGCAAAGGAGUGUGCUGGCUGUGUCAUUGCAUAAUGGUCCAAGUAUGUUGUGCAUGCCUUAAAACAAGUGUGUUGACUAUAGGCUUAAUGAAAAGGAGAUCUUGUAAGAUGCAGCUACUUAAAGAAGAGAGAUUGCUGUAGUUUUUAAGAGAGAGACAGAAGUGAACUUUUGAUUAGUUCUUACAUCUUUAUGAUAAGAUCACAGGCCUUGUCUCCUAAAUAUUGGGUGAGUUGAAAGGUAUAUUGUAAAUUCUUCCCUAUUUAGACUUGAAAAAAUCAGACCAAGAACAUCUCUAUCAAUAAAGGUUCAAGUUUAUUUAGCUGAGGUCCCAUCAAGCCUUCACAAGGUUGUGUCAAGUAGUGAUUGUGAUCAUGCUCAUGCUGAGUAGUAGGUUAGCAACAGGCUGUAGGACCAAAAAUAAUUCUUAAUUUCCUUAAAAGCCACUAAUUCUGUGGAUAGUCCUCUUCCCUCAAGAGCUAAUAGUCCUGCCCCUGUGAUUUACAUUAGCAUAUUUAUAACUUACUAUAAUUUUACUGGUGAGUUCACUGAUUAGCUGAGCCUUAUCAAGAUUGGGGAAGGCAGAGAUGGAAACAGCUUGAUCCAGCUCACCUUCUAUGGUUG